AUGGAGGGCAUCAAAGGGAGUCACUACCUGCAUGCCGUGGAGGAGUUAAAAGCAGCGAAAGCAUCGACACUAGCAGCAAAACCAUGGGACCAGCAGCGAAAGUCGCUGCACGACCAGCUCGAAGUCGCAAAGAAGAAGCUGCUCAGUGCCCAACAGAAUUGUGACAAAACGUGUGAGGCCGUGGUCACCUUGGCUAAUGACUACACCAACCAGUGCAAGCUCGUCGCCGACCUGUCAGCGGAGACGCAGCAGUUAGAGACCCAGCACAAGAUGGCAGUGGAGCAGGCGUUGAAGGAGCACGUCAGCACCUCGGCGAAGCAGGCCGUCAUUCAGUUGUCGGCGAAGCUACGCGACGAGUGGCAGGCAGCCCAGGCAACCCAGGCCAGCUCCCAGCAGGCCCAGACGGCGUCCCAGGUGGCGGCGGAGUCCCAGACGGGCGCCGAGGUGGGGGCCGCAGUCCCAAUCGCAGCCGAUGCCGACCCGAGGGCGCCGUCGUUGGCCACCGCCACCCCAUCGGGAGACGUCAGCCCUGAGCUGGCUGCCAGCCUGGACGUCGAGGCCGAGGCCAUGCAGCUGGACCAUGACGAGGCAGACAAGCGGAGCCAGGGCAUGAAGCGCGUAGGCGAGGCGAUCGACCAGGUUCUGAACAUCAACGGCCAGAACUCGGCGCUCACGCCCCAGCAGCAGAUGGCCAACGCGGCGCUCAAGUCCAGCGCGAAGGCGCUCUGCCUGGCCAACAAGGGCAAGGGCGGAAAGGGGGCGAACGGGGCGCCGUGUGGGUAA